AUUUUCAGUUCUCUUAAACAAAGAGAAAACAGGGAAAAAAAAGCGAAAAUUUUCGAAACCGAGUCGUUCUUUUUCCUGUUCUUUUCUUUGUAUUUGAAAUUUCAAAGAAAAAAAAGCAACAUAUUUUGAUUCUAUGCCACCUCAUUUCUGGGGAUCGGAGGAUCAAAUUAUCAUUACAUUUCCAUAGAUUUUUUUAAAAAAAUUCUGUGUUUGUCUGGCAAAGAGCUCUCCUCCUCUGUGUUUUUGAAGAAAAAAGAAAGAAGAAAAGGAAAAAUGGCUGGUUCCCAGAGCGGAGAUUUAAAAAUGGAAGGAUGGUUACAUUUAAUUCGUUCGAAUCGGAUUGGAUUACAGUACUCAAGCAAACGUUACUUUGUUCUUGAAGAUCAUCUUCUUAAGAGCUUCAAAUCCAUGCCCAUUUCCAAUCUCCAGGAACCUGGUAGAAGUGCAAUCAUUGAUUCUUCCAUUCGAGUGACAGACAACGGGAGGGAAAGCAUUCACAGAAAAGUGUUCUUCAUAUUCACCCUUUACAAUAGUUCUAAUCACAAUGAUCAACUUAAGCUAGGAGCUAGCAGUCCUGAAGAAGCAGCAAGAUGGAUUCAAUCCUUGCAGGAAGCAGCCUUAAAGGGUGGUCCAUACUCUGGAAAUGAUGCUGCUUAUUCAAAGAGCAGAUGGCAGUCCUUCAGGUCAAGUGGUUCAAAUAAUGAAAAUCACAAUAAUUCUCUUGACUGGACUCUUUAUUCAUCCACAAAGAUGGACAGAGUGACAUCUGAUGUUGUAGCACCAUCACCUUGGACAAUCUUUGGAUGCCAAAAUGGUCUCAGACUGUUUAAAGAAGCUAAAGAAAGGGAUUCUCAUAGAAAGUGGGAUGACCAUCCUGCCAUCAUGGCUGUGGGCGUUGUAGAUGAAACUUCAGAAGCCAUUUUUCAAACACUUAUGUCUCUUGGACCCUCAAGAUCACAAUGGGACUUCUGUUUCUACAAGGGUUGUGUGGUUGAACAUCUUGAUGGUCAUACUGAUAUUGUUCACAAGCAACUCUAUAGUGAUUGGUUACCUUGGGCAAUGAAAAGGAGGGAUCUCUUGUUGCGGCGCUAUUGGAGAAGAGAAGAUGAUGGAACAUAUGUUAUCCUCUACCACUCAGUGUGUCACAAGAAUUGUCCCCCGCAGAAAAGCUAUGUCCGUGCCUGCCUUAAAAGUGGUGGAUAUGUCAUAUCUCCUGUGAAUGAAGGAAAACAGUCUGUUGUAAAACACAUGCUUGCAAUUGAUUGGAAAUUCUGGAAAUCUUAUCUUCGAACUUCAGCAGCUCGGCCUAUUACCAUUAGGAUGCUUGAGAGAGUUGCUGCAUUACGAGAAUUAUUCAGAGCAAAACAAGUAAAAUAUCCUUCGGACAAUCUUUCUUCUGGAGAGUUGAUACGGAAAGUUAGGUUGCACCAGAGUGUGGAGGAUGGCGCAAUUGAUAUGUGUACACAACUAGAGGCUGGGAAAACUAAGGAAACUACAAGUGAAGUAAUGGAAAGGGCUCCUUCAGAACAUUCAAGUCUGUUAGGUCUUAAUGAUGCAGCUGAUGAAUUCUUUGAUGUUCCCGAACCAACAGACUAUGAGCAAUCAGAAGCUGGUUGGACUUCUGACUUUGGUCCUGAAAUAUCUCAGGUGCACAUCAAAGAUACACGCCAUCCAAAGUUAUCAACUGCUGCUGUUUUUGUGAAGAAGUUACAUGGUCUUGCAGUUCAAAAACGAGGCUACAUGGACUUACAAGACAUGACGAGGGAAGAUGGUAUAUGUUGCUCCUAUGGAAACACUCUUCCCAAGGAUCCAACUUGUACAUUGCCUUGUAGUUGGACAGCUGCAGAACCCUCGACAUUUUUAAUUCGCGGAGAGAAUUACCUAGAGGACCGUAAGAAGUUUAAGGCAAAGUGCACUUUGAUGCAAAUGGUUGCUGCAGAUUGGCUAAGAUCUGACACAAGAGAAGACGAUCUAGGAGGACGUCCUGGGAGCAUUGUUCAGAAAUAUGCUGAGCAGGGAGGGCCAGAGUUUUUCUUCAUUAUAAACAUACAGGUGCCAGGUUCAACAACAUAUGGUCUAGCACUAUAUUAUAUGAUGAGUAGUCCAGUGGAAGAUUCACCCUUGCUACACAACUUCAUCAAUGGAGACGAUGCAUAUAGAAAUUCACGGUUUAAGCUCAUUCCAUACAUAUCAAAGGGAUCGUGGAUAGUCAAGCAGAGUGUCGGAAAGAAAGCUUGCCUCAUCGGCCAAGCUCUGGAAAUGAAUUACUUCCAGGGGAAGAACUACUUGGAGCUUGGGAUCGACAUCGGAUCAUCAACGGUGGCAAGAGGUGUAGUCAGUCUUGUGCUUGGUUACCUCAACAAUCUGGUUAUUGAAAUGGCAUUUUUGAUACAGGCAAAUACAAAAGAGGAGCUGCCGGAGUACCUUCUCGGGACGUGCCGGCUUAACCAUCUGGAUGCAGCCAAGUCUGUUCCGGUAAAAGUAUGAUUGAAAAAUAAAAUUCUUAAAUCUGAUGAAAGAAUGAAUCCCAAAAUCAAAUCAAACGGGCUUUAUCAAUCAAUACCCAUUGAUAUUAUAAAAAAACAGCUUCUUCCUUUUUCUUUUUUUUUUGUAUAGAUGACAGUGUUGAUUAAUAUUGUAUUCAAAAAAUUUUCCCGUUUUGAUAUCUUUCUUAA